AUGGUGCUGUCAGGUGCUAUAACUUACUUCAAUGUGAAAAGAAGUUUUUAUUUCGAUGCUCAUCUAGAUAAAAUCAAGAUGUACUGUCACAGAUUCCUUUUAACGACUAGCUAUGUCUGCAUCAUUCGAGUCGUGUUUGAGAUUCAAUUAGCAGAGCUGCUGAUCUUUAUUCCUUUGAUAGCCUACUCGACCAUUAAAAUUUUCGAUUAUAUAGAUGGGAAACAAAGAGGUAAAAUGUAUAACCUUAUGUAGCAACUAGAAAACUUACCAACAUCUUAGAUAUAAUAAAUAUUGCUGCAAAUGUUAUAGAUGACUGAAAGAUAAAACAGCGAGGAUUUAAAAUAAUUAAAAACUAUUUUUAAUGAACACAGAAUGAGUUGUUUCAACCUUGAGUGCAUAUGCUCAAAGUAUGAGAGUUAUGUAAUUAAUAAAUUCAAAGUUACACAAUAGAAGAAGGAGACGUCAAAAGAAGAGGUUCCAUUGUAUGAUUACGAUGAUACAAGAAAAAUUAUGUUUGAUGAUGAUAAAAGUUUUAUGGAAAAAAGUGGAGUUAGAGGUUUAUCAAAUGAACUUGAAGACUAAUGCAAUGAGUUAAGGCAAUCAAAUGCAAAUGAACUCAGUCAUAUGUCAAUAGAUUCUCCUUUGAAACUAAGUGGUUCAUAGGAAAAAAUCUAAAGUCCAAAGGGAUAAUUCGUAGAAGUUAGCUUUAUGCAAAAAGUUGACAAUUUUACAUUUGCUUUCGAAACUAAUUAAGUCAUCUAGGGCUUGUAAAUAGAAGACUUCUAUAAAGAAGUUUCUAAUAUUGAACAUUUAAAUAAGAAAAUAUAUGAUAUGAACAAUUCCUAGUAACAAAGUGCAAGGGACAAAAAUGAUGAGUAAUUCUUGGCUUUUGAAAGUCCUUAUGAGGCUAGAAAAUUGCUGUUUUGUGUAAGUGAAAGACUAAUGCUUGAGGAAGCAAUGAAUAACUUUAAGAAUUACUUUGGUGGUUUCGACUACUCUCUAUUCAUUGAUGGAAAUCAAUAACAAAUUGAGCUAGAUGCUAACUAUGAAAAGACAACACUAAAUAUUAUCGAUUUUUGGUAAAAGUUUAAAUCAGACGAUAUUAGGAUUCAGUAAAUUUUAGACUUAGGUGUAACAAUAUCCUAAGAUAUUAAUAGAAUUAAAAGAGUUACAAAGAGAUAGGAAGAAACCUAUGCCAUUAGAAAAGAUCUUGCAAAAUAUCAACUAUAUGCUAUGUUUCAUCUAGAAAUGCUCCAUGAUCCAUUCACCUUUGGGCAAAUGGCAAUGUAUCUAAAAAACUCGAUUGUAUUUAAGACCAGGAAAUUUCUAGGAUAAGAUUCAGGCAGUGGAGCUGACUCAAUGAUAUAAUAUCAAUAAAUGUAAAUGGAUGAGAAGGGAAUUUGUAUAGCCCAAGCUUGGGCAGGAGAACGCUAGUCACUUCAAUUUUUAUUUGGUAAUAAAACUUUCUGUGAGAUGUUCAAGACCACUUAGCUAUUAUUACCUGGAAAUAGAAUUGAUAAUAUCCUUCCUUCAGAAAUACAAUAAUAGCACUAAGAAUUCGUUAAGAGAUUCUAUUGUGACGCAAAGCCUAGUAUCCUUGGAAAUUUGAGAAUAUAGUUUGCAAGAACCUUUGAUGGCUAUCUUCUUCCAGUCAAAUUAAGAAUAAAUUUCUACUUUCAUCCAACUUUCCACUAUUGUUUCUUUGCAUAGUUUGAAAGAAUAAAGUUUAUGAAUCUAUUUUAGGAGGAUUAAACAAAAAUAGCUACAGAAGAUUGUAUGAUUAUAACAACUGAUGAUAGAUUAGUAAUAAAUGAAUUCUCUGAAAAUGUAGGUUUAUUUUCAGGUGUUUCAAGAGAAAAGUUUUUCCAAUUAGAAGAAACUUUAGGCCGCAAAACGAAUUAAGGGUAAAAAAGAAUGAAUAUCUUCCUCAUACUACCUUUAAGUAGACAUCCUGACUACGAGGGAAUCCUCUCAAGCAAUGCUCAAGGCUCAAAACUAUUAAUACAUAGUCAACAUGCUGAUAGAUAAGCAAGAAGACCUAGUUAUACUGUGAAAAAUGGAAACUCUGAACAUAUAAUAUUUAAUGAAUCUGCAGGCUCUGAAGAGAUGAAAAGUUUUUCUAAAUUCCUUGAUAUUAGCUCUUAAAGCACAACCUCUUCAACUACAAGCUCAGGCAUCAUGCAAGCUCAUUAUGCCAAGAACCUACUAUUCCAAAACACAGCUCCUAAAGUAAUUAAAAUCAAUCUAAUAUUGGUGAUCACUAUGAUUGUGGCAUUUUUCGUUAUUAACAUUUACAAUCUAGCCGUUUUCCUCAACAAACACUCAUUUAUCAAGGGUAGAUUCGAUACCUACUCUUAUAUAAGUCAGCGGAAUAGUAAACUCAGAGCCUCAUUACUUGACCUUAAAAUGAUACAUUCUAUAGUCUAGGAUGUUAAAAACCUUAAUUAAUCUACUAUUCUGGUUGAGGGAGAUUCAAGGCUAGGCUUCUAUAUGAGAGAUCUAAAAUCAAACAUCGAAUUGGUAAGAUAAUAUUCUGACCAGUUCAAUUAGUUCAUUAUGAAUAAUUAAGAGUACUACUCAUUUGAUAUGCAGUUCGAGGACAUAAGCUUUUUAACUGAAAAAGGAUUUCUCUACACAGAGAAUGUCUCAUACAAGCACUCAAUAAACUUAUUUAUGUCCUACGCUGAUUAAAUUAAUUUAGAUGACUUUGUCAAGCAAAAACCCAUGCUCAAUGUUACUAAUUAUGCUAAAAACUACUCAAUAGUUUCAAAUUCUUCGAAUGGAAAGAUACUGAAUAGAAGCUUGACGCAAUUGGAAUAGGGUUUAUUCUUUUUAUUUGAAAAUGGAAUUUACAAAAUGUCAUAGCUAGGCCAGAGAUAAAUAUUCAUGCUGACUGAGGCUAGUGCUCAGCAAACUGAUGAGGGUAUUUUAAUGCUAAAUAUAUCAACAUAUGUUUCAAUCACUAUAGUUACUCUGAUUGGCAUCAUCAUAUUCCCUCUAGUUACAAAAAUUAUUGAGCGUCAAUACUCAGUAAUUCGAUUCUUCAAUUAUCUAGAUAUUGAUACCAUAGAAAAAUUGAUUUCUUAAGGAAGUGAUUUUCAAAAAACAUUGCAAGUAAAGAUAGGAAGAGUCACGACCGAAAACAAUUAAUCACAUGCAACUCAAAUGAACUUGAAAGAUAGUGUGGAGAAAGCUAAUAAUAAAAUAAGUUAAUAAAAUGCUGAAGAUGCAUCUAAAGCAGCAAAAGACCAAAUUAAUGGUCAAAAUACGAUUGAUUCUCCAAAUCGAUUUACUCCUAAAUCAGAAGGAAGAUAGAAAAAACAGGUCACAUAUAAAAAAGGUAAAAAUCCACAUAAUUCUCAUAAUGAUAAUAAAUAUAAAGGACCUAAUUUUGUUGCAAAUGACAGCAAAAAAUCAUCCAGAAGAAAUAAUUAAAGACAAAACAUAUUCACGGAAGAUAAAGAAGAUUUAAAAUAUCCCAAAGAGGAAAAGAAAGCUAAUGAGAAUCAUAAACAUAGUGAUGAGGAAGAUGAAAACCAUGCAAACGAAGAUGAAGAAAAUCAUGAUCCAAAUCUGAAGAGAUAAAAAAAUCAAAAGGCUUCCCAUCACAAUUUUCUCGAAGGUGAUUUAGGUAAAUUAGAUAUUAGUAAAAACAAACAAAUAGCUGCCUAAAUUACCAAGCUUUCAUUUUAAAAGCGUUUCAAAAUAUGCUUUUUACUAUCGAUUUUGAUUGUAUAUUUAAAUUCUUCUCUCGUUAUUUCGUUCUACCAAAGCCAGUUAGUUUUUAGCAACGAUAAAGACAGCGCAUAAAGAAUAAAUAAGUUUUAUCAAAGAGAGGAAUGUGCCUAUAACCUCUUGUUAUUUAUGAGAGAAAAAAUUAUUAGAAAUUAUUCCUUGCCAAUUGAAAUUUAUUAAAAUUCAAAAGAUUUCGUUAUACUUCCUGCUGUUAGCUACCUAAUUGAUGAGUGUUUUAAAAAUGAAUAUGAGAUUUAGCAAAUGAGGAAAAAUUUGCCAGACUAUCUUAAAAAUUCAGCAGCACAAAUUGAAGGUUUAGAGGGAGAUAAAUUAUGCGAAAUGACUUAUGAAUUAAGUGGUAGUGAUGCUGUGAAUUAAUGUGAGCAAGCCAUGGAUAAAAUCCUACAAAAGGGAAUAAGCAAUUCAAUGUUUUACAUUAUAGGCUACAUUUAGUAAAUGAAUUUCAAUCAUGAUUCUCCAUUAUCUAGAUCAUAGGAAUUUCUAAAUUCAUUGUUAAAUUAAAAGAAGAUCCAUGAUCUGGCAGAUUUCACUCUACAUUUUAUGAGCAAAGGCUUUAAUUUCUUGUAAAAAUUAGUAGUUACAUCAGGCUAAGACUAUUUCGAUGAAGCUAGAUCAAAUUUUAUGCUAUCAUUUGGAUUAUUUAUGGCAGUCACGGCUGUCUUAACUUUAAUAAUUGGCAUAUUUGUUUUUAGAAAAACUAAGUAAGCCAUCUUAGACAUUUAAAAUAUGCUGGUUUUACUUCCUCUUGACGAGUUAACACCACCAUAGAGAGUAAAAAUUGAGAAUUACCUAAAUAAGUGA